AAAGAAGUAAAUAAAAAAUAAAAGAAACGAAUUACUAAUUUUGUAUGGUUCUAUCACUAUUUUUAAUAACAAAAUAUUUUCACAUAUUAUGAAGUAUUGUGCAAUAAGGGAUUCGCAAUUCAUCCUUUGCUGAUAUUGUAGUGAACAACUAAAUCUGGAUUGUUGUUAUAUCAGUUUUUGUAACAAUAGGCAAAAUAUUGGAUUCUAGAUAUUCAUAUUAAUAAAUAAUACCUCGACGUAGAAAAUAUUAAAACAAUAAUAAAACUGUGCCAUGUAUCUGAGAAGGUAUAAAUGAGAAAAAAACAUUUACAGCUUGCGCGGCGGGAUACGAACAAGUCUUUAAAUUAUUGAAUGUGUUAUUGUGAAGACUAUAUUGAUGUAAGUUUUCAUCUGCUUUUUUGUAUCAUCUUACUUCAUAUCAAAAGAAAGGUUUGUUUGAAAGAAAUACUUCAGUUUCUAAAUAACUUAAAAAUACAGUAAAAAAUAAAAUCUCUAAUAACGCAUUUACAAAUUAAUAUAAGGAUUUUGAAUUUUUAAAUAAUCCGCCAAAAAGUUGUCUUAAUGUCAUGUGGCGUGUGCGUCGUCACAUUACUUAAACAUAUAAAUUAGUGUUAUAAGUUGCAGCAGGGUACACAUAAUAUAUGUAAACAUGAGUUUGAAACUUUAUUACCAAUAUUGUAUAGUGCCUUUCUGUGAAAAUAAUACAAAACAUGCUCCUGAUAAGUUAUUUAUUCCGGUACCACGUCAACCAGAAAUACGGAAACAAUGGUUGGAGCGUGCAACGAGAGAUUGGAAACGACUAUCUUUCAAAACUACAAUGUACUUUUGUGAAGAUCAUUUCGAUUUGCCAAAUGAUAUGAAUAAUUAUAUGGAAUAUCAUAUUAUGGGAUCUGUAUCACAAGUACGUUUGAAACCAGGUUGUUUGCCUAAUAAAUUUGAUUGUCAACCGGGCAGACGAAAACGAACAUGUCACAAUUCAGAACAAUUAGAUAUUUUAAAGAAACAAAGGAAAAUUAUAAUAGAGGAAUGUUUAAAAGAAUCAGACAGGAACAAAUCUGGUCAUACUAAUGGCACUAACUCAGCUCCAGAAGAUACUUCUGUUAAAACUCCAGUUUCGCCCAAAGAAUACAAUUACAAAUUACAAUUACAAACUUUUAGAACACCUGAUAAACCUGCAGGAGCACAUGAAUAUAGUAGUAAAGUUAUUUCUGCCAAUAUAAAGCGAGUGGUUCAAAAAUCAUCAUCGAUUAGCUCUUCACAUAAAUCAGGUUCGACAUCUCCAUGUAAAGUUGAAGCUCCAAAAAAAUUAAAGCCAUCUAGUACCAGUGUUAGCAGAGUAUCAAAGAAAAUAUUAAAGAAAAAAGAACGCUCGAAUGAAAAUAUACAGACUAUAAUUCAUAGAGAAGUGUCACCGUCAAAAACUAGGAAAUAUAAAAGGCCUUCUGUGUCACAAAUGAAAUCAGAGGACACAGAAAACAUUAAGGAUAAUAAUGAAAACCCUUAUAUACCGGCUUCGUCAAGUAUAUUAAAUGAUAUAGCAUCGACUUUUGACCAAGUCAUUGAUAAACUAACUGGACAUAAGAAACAUAGUGAUUCGGUAGAUUUGGUGCCUUCGAUAAAAAUAGCAGAUGAUAUAAAACGAUUGGAAAAAUAUGUGAAAACCGUGGGAAAACGGGUGCACGAAUAUUCGCUUGAAGUAUCAGUUCGAUCAUCAGUAUUAGAUCACAAAUGUCUCAGUUCACAAGAAGAUGAACAUCAACGACUGACAAUAGAAAUAGCUAAGCUGUGUAGCGAAUUGGCAUAUUUAGAAAACCGUUUAAUAAAUCCCAUUACAAAAUAGAUGGCACCAUUUGAAAGCAGGCAUAUUUUUUUACAUGUAGAUGAUAGUCCGACUAUUUUACAAAAAAUCAUUAGAUAAUAUUGAAUUAAUUUUUGAAUUGAAUAUUGAAUUAAAAUUGAUUAAACCAUUUUUUAUAGUAAAAUAUAUUUUUUUAACAA